CGGCCAAUGAAUUGUGCGCUGCAGGUUAUAAACAAGUUGCUAAAGCCGCAAGUAACCGGCAGUUUUUAGGUAACUUUGCCGCUAGCUGACAUGAUUUUCACAAGAAAAACUCUGAAAUUGUUGAAUUAUCGUUUGAAAUGCAACAUCCUACCCAGAUGUAUACAGAGCAGCGCCAUUUCCAUUGGCACAGGAGGAGAAGUGCCGUCUGUAGAGGUUAAAUUUAGCAAUGGGCGAAACAUGACUAUUAGCUCUGGCAAAUUGGCUCGUUUCGCCAAUGGAACAGCUGUCUGCCAAAUGGGAGACACAGCCGUAAUGGUCACUGCGGUGGCCAAGGCCAAGCCUACUCCCGGCCAGAAUUUUAUGCCCCUGGUGGUGGACUAUCGUCUGAAAAAUGCCGCCUCUGGUCGGAUACCCAUGAACUUUAUGCGACGUGAGCUUGGUCCCUCGGAGAAGGAGAUUCUGUCUGCUCGACUGAUUGAUCGUUCGUUGCGUCCUUUGUUUGCCAAAGAAUAUCGCAAUGAGACGCAGCUGGUGUGCAAUAUGUUGUCCAUGGAUGCAGUGCACUCCCCUGAUGUGCUGGCCAUCAAUGCUGCCUCUAUGGCACUGUCGUUAAGUGAUAUACCCUGGAAUGGGCCCAUUGGUGCUGUGCGUGUGGGUCUUUGCGAGGGCGAGGUGCUCAUCAAUCCCACACGCCGAGAGCUGCAAUCCUCUCAAUUGGAUUUAGUUGUGUCGGCCACCAAGCAAAAUCUAGUUGUUAUGCUAGAGGGCAAAGGUCAAGUGGUACUUUUGCAGGAUCUUUUGAAGGCCAUCAAGCAGGGAACACGAGAGGCACAAUUCAUUAUUCAGGAAAUCGAACGCCUACAAAAAUCCUAUGGUCGUCAUAAACGAAGUAUAGAAACGAUAUCGGAAGUGGAUGAGGAGUUGCAACAAGCUGUACGUAGUAUGAGCGAGAUGAGACUCCGAGAAAUCUUUCAGGAUGCCCAGCAUGAUAAGAUAUCGCGUGACAAUGCCGUCAAUGAUGUUCGUUCCAAUGUAAUAGACAAGGUGUGGUCCUCGUAUCCAGAUACAGAGCCAGCUGUGAUUGGAGAGGAAUUUAAUAAGGUGUCCAGGAACAUCUUUCGUGAUCUGCUCUUUGAGCGGACGAAACGCUGCGAUGGUCGUGAUUUUGAUUCAUUGAGAAAUAUAAGCUGCCAGGUGGACAUGUACAAGCCGCUGCAUGGCUCUGCCCUAUUCCAGCGUGGUCAGACGCAGGUUUUCUGCACGGUGAGCCUGGACUCGCCGGAGAGCGCCAUGAAACUGGACUCGCUGGCUGCUCUCGAAUCAGGUGGCCUGAAAUCAAAGAAUUUCAUGCUCCACUAUGAAUUCCCGCCUUAUGCGACAGGAGAAGUAGGUCGAAUUGGACCACUGGGUCGUCGAGAGCUUGGACACGGAGCCUUGGCUGAGAGAGCUCUGAUGCCCACCCUGCCCAGUGAUUACCCAUUCACUGUGCGUCUCACCUCUGAAGUUCUAGAAUCAAACGGCUCCAGCAGCAUGGCCAGCGUCUGUGGUGGAUCCCUGGCUUUAUUGGAUGCCGGUGUUCCAGUAUCUGCUCCAGCUGCCGGUGUUGCCAUUGGACUGGUUACCCGAUACGAGAACAAUGAUACCAAGCAUCUGCAAGACUACCGCAUUCUCACCGAUAUUUUGGGUAUUGAGGAUUAUCUGGGUGAUAUGGACAUGAAGGUGGCUGGAACACGCAAGGGAUUCACUGCAAUCCAAGCGGAUCUUAAGAUUCCUGGUAUACCACUUAAGGUGGUAAUGGAGUCCCUGCAAAAAGCCACAGAUGCCAAAUCGAAAAUUCUCGAUAUUAUGUCUGAGGCUAUUCGGGAACCGCGAAAGUAUCGCAAGGAGUGUUGGCCGGUGAGUGAAACUCUUACAGUGGAGCCACAGCAGCGAUCCCAACUGAUUGGACCAAGUGGACUGCACUUGAAGCGGAUCUAUCUUGAGACUGGCACAACAUUAACUGCCGCCGAUGAAGGCCAAUUCACAGUCUUUGCUCCUUCUCAGGCAGCAAUGGACGAAGCCAAGGAGUUGAUUGAAGGUUAUCUGGUGAAAGAACGGGUGCCAGAUCUAGAAUUCGGUGGUAUUUACACAGCCAAAAUCACCGAACUGCGAGACACAGGUGUAAUGGUCAUUCUAUAUCCCAGUAUGCCGCCUGCUUUGCUUCACAAUUCCCAAUUAGAUCAACGCAAAAUCGCUCAUCCUUCAGCUCUGAAUCUAGAAGUGGGACAGGAAAUACAAGUCAAGUAUUUUGGGCGUGAUCCUGUCUCUGGGUUUAUGCGACUCUCACGCAAAGUACUUCAGGGUCCUGCCUUAGGCAUACCACGGAGUCUAAAUAAAGCCACCGAAGAGAAUGGAUCCUGAGCGAAAGUAAGGUCAGUUAAGAUUGUUAAAGUUCGUAUUAGAAAUAAACAAGCUACACAGUACUUUAAGAAAUAAAUUUGUACAUUUACAUUGAGUGUUACAUUAUACACUCUUCACCAAAAGAUAUAAAGGAUAUACAAAAAGUGAUCUACAACUGCCAAAAGUUAAACCAAAAGCAAAGAUCGAUUUUGUUGCAGGGACUUCAGUAAUCCCACAUAAUUUAAUAGUUUUUGGACUGAGCUGCUCGUACAUAAUAUAAAAUAUAGUUGUAUAAAUAAAUGAUUCACAUUGUAAA